GACACUUUUUGUGCCUCAGUUUACAUGUGACUUACCCUUUUCAUCUACACAAAGUGACCCACUAUACAAUUGUUAUAGUCCUUUUUGGAACAGCAAAAAUCAAUAUUUUAAUAUUAACAAUGUAACCAAUGAUUUCUCCAUCACUUGAGGUGAUUAAUUGGAAAGAGAAUUAUAUGCAAAUAAGGACAAAAGUGAAAUUUCUUUUUUUUUUUAAAAACAGCCCAACCUGAAGCUCUUAACCCACCAAAGUUAGUGGUUACAUUUAGCAGCUAAAAAGUCAAAUUCUGCUAAAUGCUAAAAAAAAUGUGAAUACUGAAUUACAUAAAUUAUGUGGCCAAGUGAGGGGGACAAAUUGUUCAGAGGUCUAUUGAGUGAUUCAUUAUCCUCUCGCAUUCAGUUGCACCUCUCCUUAGUGGCUAAAGAACCACAAACAGCACAGUGCCAAAGGACCGACUUCAGGUCUUUAUAAUUAUAUACUAUCAAAAUCUAAAGUCAAAAUCUAAAACCUAAAGCUGCCAAACUCUGUUUGAGUUGACCCUCGAGCAUCUACAGGGUGAGUAACCAGAUUAUUAAGUGCCAAAUGACAACACUGAACACGAAAAGUUCUGUAUAGCACCAUUCCUGUUUCAAAUAAUCAGCACCAAAAUGGAACAGUAGUGACAAAGUAACAGGGUAAUAAGCCAUAUCAUUUAAUGGCAAGAAGCAACAUUUUGAAAUAAAAUUAGGAAUACAGUAGUAGUAGUGAAAUUAUUGUAGAAUUUAACCUUAAAGUCCCUUUUAUGCUUUUAUUGAUAUUUUCUCUCAGCCAGUUAUAAGAGAUGUUCUAAGGACUUUGGUUAUAAUUUCUCCGCACCUGCUGUGAAGACCUUCCCUGUUCAUUCCUGCUGCUGCUGGCCUCUGGUCCACUGUCUCCUACCUGACCCUGCUCUUUCUAUUGUAUAAAAAUUAAAACAAAUAUGUGCAAAACAAUAGUGAGCACAAGUUCUGUGCAGAAAUUAAGGAGAAGUGGGUUCAUUCCAAGGUGGUAGGUGUAGUCAAGUAAGAGUAUUGUUACUUUAGAACAAUAUUACUUAUAUAGAAGUAAUAGGUAGUCAUCCAAACAUUACUUGAGUAAGAGUAAAAAAGUAUUUGGAGAAAAAAGUACAGAGUAGCCUCACGUCUGAUUUAUUCAUCAAAUAAGAACAUUAAUCAUUCAAUCAAAAUGAUAAUCAGCAAAUUCAUGUAUUUUAAACUUUAACUGCCACAAAAAUAACAUAGUCAAAGGAACACAAAUACAUUUAUAGUCUUGCAUACAUUAUUUUAUACCCAGAAGUGGGUAAUGUUAGAGUAGCCACAAAUUGUAACGUUAGCAGGGAUGGAAAACAUGUUUGUCCACCUGCCACUGUGGCUGGUAAAUUCUAAAAUCUACCAGCCACUCAACAUGUUAACCAGCCACUUUUAAAUUAAAAAAAAAAAACAAAAAAACAAAGGCUCAGAAAAAAAAUAACCUCCGUGCGUAUGUUAUCCCUAAAAGAAAAUAUAUAGCUACAGACAACACAAGAGCGUGAGCAGAGUCAGUGACACCAAUAGCUUUCCCUUCAUACACGUGCAUUGAGAAUCAGUCUGGCUCGCUUAAAGUUGAAGGUUGUUAUUACGUGAUCUGUCAAACUUUGUCUCCUCUGUGUUUACUCUGUGAAUCAGCAGUGAGCUCCCCUUGUGUAGGACAAAAGUGAUGGUUCAACUAUUAUUGCCAUGGGUUUGUUUUUUCAACAUGUUAUGCAAUAUAUUGUAAAUGUUAUGAACAGUGUAAUAUUGUAGGAUUGUAAAACCCUUUUAAUCGCUACACUCGCUGUUAAGGAAGCUAUUAAAGCUAUAAAGGAUUGCUUUUGCAAGCUACCAAAUGCUCCACACUCGGAGGAGCUGAAUUAGAGCAAAGGGGAGAAGUUACAAGGAGAAAUCUAGUUUGAUAAACUAAGCUACAGCACUUUCCCAAAGUAGUUUGUUAAAAAAUGAUCAUGGGAUACAAAAUAAUGCAAAACAUAGCACAAAGUAGUGAAAAACAAAACAACACACUUGUUCACAGAUCAGAAAUAAGCAAAAGCUACCACUCAUAGAAAGUGCCAGGAAUGUCAGCGUUUGGCUCUGCACACAAUGUCCAAGCUGGAUUAAUACUUGCCGCCACUAGAAUGCUACAACUUAUGAUCAUAAUCAGCAACAAUGGAUAUUUAUGACUAAUUGAGCCAAGGAAUUAAGAUUGAUAUUUUGUCCAGUCAGAAAGCAGGUUGGCAUCUUCUAGUAUGCAACAAAACAAGCCAUUACAAGCUGUUAGGAGCGGAUUUCCUGAACCCAAUAAUCAGGCUCAACGCCUGUUUAAAUGAAUGGGUUCAUGAAUGUUUAGGAACUAAUUCAACCCCGUCUAGUAAAAAAGAAGGCUAUAAAAUCACAUGCAAAGAAUUAUAUACAAAAUAUUACAUUAAGCUCUGAGGGCCAAACUUCAAAAUUCAUAACUCAAGACUUAUUUGCAAGGUUCCACGAAAUUAACGCAAGUUUUAAAGUUGUGCAAGGAAACACAACUCGAACUGGGAAAAGUUGAGAAUGAUCCAAAUUCCAGUUUUCUUUACUUUUAAUGGCCCAGAUGUGUUGUUUGACUUUUAUUUGUGUACUUAACCACCACGCAGACAUGAGUGUUGCUGGACAACCAACCAAACAGAGCAAACACGGAGUCAGCUUUCUACUUUUACAACACUCCCCACUCCAAAAACACAGAUGACACCAAUACAUAAGAGCGUCUUUACUCCGAGUAGAUAAGCUGGCAACUUUAAAUGGAAAUAACACAACUCUUUAUGUAUUGAUGGCCUUAAUAUUUAUUGAUGCACUUAAUUUGAAACUGCUCUCUAUAUUAUGCUGCCCCUUAACCAAUAAGGAUGUGCAGUGUCUGGAUUCUCCCAGCAGGCUGUGCUCUGUGCAACGAUAUAUAUCCACCGUAUGGCACUGAGUGUGUGUCACUGCUUCUAUUUGAGCAACGUUCAGUCAGUCAGACAGGGCAUUUGUAAUGUAGAAAAAUAAUGGUAACAUUUUAUUAAAGCCACAAGUUUCAAUGUGUUUAUUUGCAGCAGGUACAAUGAGUGAUGAUCUAAGGUACCCUGACGCAGUUACAAACUACAUGCCUGUGUACCUGAUAUUAGAUACAGCGACGAAAGACGUGCAGAACAUUUUGCCAAAGGAGAAUGGGUAUGAAUUUUCAAAAAGGGAAAGUUUCCCUCACUGUGGCUGCGCAGGAAUGUGAAGGCUGUUAAUCUUAAUCCCUGGAAUUUGUGAGGGGGCAAAGCUGAUUGUGUGACCUGCUGCCUGGCGGCCCGAGCCCCCCACCGGUCAGUGGACUAAUAGAGCAUUUCUUGACACGUUUGCAUCGAGAAACACUGUCAUACCUGAGACACACUGUUCCGUGUUUUGAGGUCUUCAUCAAAGCAAAGCAAAUCUAUGGGAUGAGUGUGGCUGAUUGCAGGUUGAAGUGUGUGUUACACGUGUCUUUUUCAAGCCUUAUCAGUAGAUUUAUAGAAGGCAAUUUCCUUCUUCCUCUGAAUCUCAUAUUUUACUUUGUGAGAAAAAGGGGAAAAAAAUAACAAUAAAUCCAACAGGCCUAGUUUGGAGUUACUAAUCUGUCUCCCCUCCAGCUCUCCCCCUGUUCUCUUGUUGCUGUCCCCCUCCUGGACUGACUGGCAUGUGUGCAGAAUGAAAAUGUGAGAGGCCUUUUGUCCUCGUUGGUUCCAAGUAACUGCUCGGCCCUCCGACAGGAGAAUAGGAGCUCUGGGAGAGCAGGUUUAACUCCUCUCAGUAGGAGGAGAGACACAUGGCUGUUUAAAGAGGAGCAGAAGAAGAAGAAGAAGAAGAAGAAGAAGACAGGGGUCCCCAUCAGCCUUGAGAUGCACUAGGUAUUUUUUAUCUAACCUCCUCAGUAGUUGCUCUUUUGCUAUCUUUUGCUAUCAAUGUAAAUCAGUUUUGAAAUGAGGAAUUCCUGUGAUAAGGCCGGGGCCUGCUUGCCAAGAAAUAUCAGAGUUUAAAGGCGAGCGGCAGUUUGGGUGGAAGUAUUAACAACAGCUAAACCUGACGGGGGAUUAUUGAGCCAUGAGGUGAAAACACACUGACUGAUUAUUUGGUCACUUUAUGUCACUCCCAAGUUUUCAAAGGACAAAUAAGUCAAGUCAUCGGAAACCAUUUUCUCUCUCCGAAAUGGAUUCGACCCGCAGCUCCUGAUGCCUGCUGAGCUGAGGGGAUUGUGAGGAGAGGACGCUGGUGGAGUUUACACAGUGCCCUGAAUGCAGGUAGACAGAGCGGCAGACGAACGUUGAGUGCAGGAUGGAGGAAACAGCAGAGGACAGAGGCAAGAUGACCAGCCAGCAGGCCCUGUGUGACCCUGACGAGAAGACCAGUAAACGCCCUGGCAUCUCCACUCUCAAACUAUUUAUUGUGGCGCUGUCCUUCGCCUGUUUCUCCAAGGCUCUGACGGGAACCUACAUGAAGAGCUCCAUCACUCAGAUUGAGAGACGUUUUGACCUCUCCAGCACGCACAUUGGACUCAUAGAUGGCAGCUUUGAGAUGGGCAACUUGUUGUUUCUCGCGGUGGUGAGCCAUUUUGGGGCCAAGCUGCAUCGACCCAGACUCAUCGCCAUGGGUUGUUUUCUCAUGGCCGUGGGGGCCUUCCUCACUGGGCUCACACACUUCUUCAUGGGACGCUACACGUACGACACAGUCAUUCAGGUUUUCCAGAAUGACAGUGUGAAUAUCAUGGCUUGCAUGGAUCCACUGAAAACGGACGACGUGCCCGAAAUUCAGAUAGAGCCCUCUGUGGAAGACAACGCAGCCUGUGUGAGAGAAUCGAGUUCGCACAUGUGGAUCUACGUGUUCCUCGGGAACGCACUGCGGGGGAUUGGAGAGACUCCGGUCACGCCUCUGGGCAUCUCCUACAUCGACGACUUUGCUAAAGCAGAAAACUCACCCUUCUAUAUUGCUUGUCUCCAGACCAUUACUCUCCUGGGCCCCAUGUUUGGUUUCCUCCUGGGUUCCUACUGUGCCAAACUCUAUGUUGACAUUGGAGAUGUUUCCAUGGACAGUGUGACCAUCACCCCUAAAGAUGCCCGCUGGGUGGGCGCCUGGUGGAUGGGCUUUCUGGUGUCGUCCGCCCUGCUGCUCAUCUCCAGCAUUCCGUUCUGGUUCCUGCCCCGCUCUCUGCCAAAGCAGGGGGGAGACAAGGGAAGCUGUGAGAACCCAGAGGGGACAGAGGGGACGACCUUCAACAACAAUCACAACCUCAAACUGACUGAAAUUGCUAAAGGGUUCCUUCCCUCGCUGAAGCGCCUGCUGGGAACUCCUGCCUACUUCCUGCUCCUCUGUGGGAGCAUCCUGAAGUUCAACUCUUUCAUCGGCCUGUUCACCUUCAAAGCCAAAUACAUGGAGCAACAGUUUGGACAGUCUGCAUCCAGAGCCAACUUCCUCAUAGGUGUGCUGAACCUUCCAGCCGUGGCAGUGGGGAUCUUCCUCGGGGGGCUGCUGAUGAAGAGGUACAAGCUGAGUCUGGUGUCAGGAGCUCAGCUGUCCUUCGCCACGUCAUUCAUGGCGUACCUCCUCCUGCUGCUGCAGUUUGGCACCAAGUGCGACAACAUUCCCGUGGCCGGGCUCACCAUCUCAUACAACGGGACGCAGAGUGUGUCAUCCACCAGCGAUAUGCUCUUCUCAGAGUGUAACAGAGACUGCUCGUGCUCGGCAGAGGAGUGGGACCCCGUGUGCUCAGACAGCGGCAUCACCUACAUCUCUCCGUGUAUGGCUGGCUGCCUCGGCUCCAGUGGAUACGGCAAGAACACAGUCUUUCACAACUGCAGCUGCGUGUCCGCCUCCUACCCAGCGGGCAGCAGUACGUCCGUGAGGCUGGGCCAGUGUCCGCAUGCCAAGGACUGCACCCGAAGCUUCACCUCCUACAUGGCCGUGUCUGUUCUCAGCUCCUUUAUCAACUCUCUGGGAGCCACACCAGGAUACAUGGUCAUCAUACGAUGUAUCUCACCAGAGCUCAAGUCCCUUGCGCUGGGUAUACAGACCCUGGUAACUAGGACUCUUGGUGGACUUCCUGCACCAGUGUAUUUUGGAGCCCUGAUUGAUUCAACUUGCCUGAAGUGGUCAAUCAAGAAGUGUGGGGGCAGAGGGGCAUGUCGCAUUUAUGACUCUGCGAUGUACAGAAUCAUCUUCCUGGGUCUGAUCACUUGUCUCAGUGGUUCCUCGUAUUUCUUCAUCAUUGCCGUCAUCAUCCUCCUCAGAAGACAAUUUCGGAAACCAGAGCGAGAGACGGAGAAGCAGCACAAAAAACCUUCAAAGGAAAUUGAACUUCGGGCCCCGUCCAAUCCCGCUGAGAAGAAGCCCCGCGCUCCUAAAACUCAGCAACUCACGCCUCGUGCUCCAAAAGUUUGUGCAAGGAUCGUAUUGGAACUGGAGGAGGGAGGGGAGGUUCAAGGAACAGAGCAGCCCUCCCAAGGUGGCAGACUCAUCUCCACAAAUAGCACCCAGGAGAGACUACAGCUCCAAUCCCUGACAGAGACCACUGUUGAGUUUGCUCCUCUUCCAAGUGCGGAAGCAAAGAUGGAGAUGGACGGGCAGGAGGAGGGGAUGAAAGAGGGAAAAGCAGAGUUUUCCAAAGCUAUGACUGCGCAGGUGGAAAAUGAGAAGCUGGAUCAUCCGACAGACGAAGAGAAUGAGUUGGAGAAAGAAACUACACAAAGUAAAGAAACCGGCGGCCCACAAAACUAAGGUGUUCGUCAAUGUUGUCUCCAACACAGGGUCAAACAAGGCCAACUAGACCCAUUCUAGAGAGGUCACCGAUUUGGGCACAUUUAAAUGAAAUGUCAAGAGGGAUUAUUUUCUUAGCAUGAAUUAUGCUAACAGUAUUUUUCCCCUUUGUAUUACCAGAUAGAGCUAUCAGUGGUGCCUUGUCCACAGCUGUAGAAACAUAGUACAAUACUUGGUAUACAAAUGGACAGCACUUGAUGUGCACACUGAACAACAGUCCCAAGCACUGACUGACUUAUAUGAUCAUGAUCACAAAGCCCAGACAGAAAUACAUGAAACUGACUGUUUCUCUUUAUGUCGACUCUUGAAUAUGUGACAUUAUUGUCACAUUAAAUUGUGCAGUCUCAAAUACGUCCGUGAAAACAGUGUUAAGAUCACGAUGUGAACGCAAAUAAUGUGGAAAUGAUGUUCCUGUUAGCUUCCUUCCUCGCAGGUGGUUUGUGUACUAAAAGUUCAAAUUAAGAACACA